CGGCGGGCGCGCUGGCCGCGCUGCCCGUGCCCGCGCUCCCCCUGCACAUACAACACAACGGAGACUAUUCAGCUGUACCCAAUAUAACGAAAUUUGAUGACCAUUUCGAGUUGGUAGGCGGUAUAAAUUAUCCGAAGAAAAUUUCCUGUCGUAGUUCAGAUGGAAAAUGCAGGAUUUUAUUAAUUAAGGGCGAAGAUGAUCUAAGAGAGGAUGCGGUAAUGCAACAAGUAUUCAAUAUUGUUAACACGUUGCUGGAAAAUAAUCCUGUCACUAAGAAGAAUAAACUUCUGAUACGCACAUACAAGGUGGUGCCGCUGUCGCGGCGCUCGGGCGUGCUGGGCUGGUGCGAGGACACCACGCCGCUGGGCACUUACUUGGAGGAAGCGCACAUCCUCUACAGACCCAAAGAUAUGAAGCCGGGUGACGCUCGCCGCAAGCUGGAGGCGUGUCGUGUCCACCGCAAGACGAACCGGGAGAAGCUGCGAGUGUUCCGGGAGAUCCUCGCCAACUUCAAGCCGGUCUUCCACAACUUCUUCACCGAGUACUACCACGACCCCGUCACCUGGUACGAGCGCAGACUGGCCUACACCAGGAGUGUUGCCACAUCGUCAAUGGUUGGAUAUAUUUUAGGUAUAGGCGACAGGCAUGUUAAGAACAUAUUGAUAGACAAGACAACCGGUGAAGUGAUUCACAUUGAUUUCGGUAUUGCAUUCGACCAAGGAAUGGCUCUCCCAACACCAGAAACUGUACCCUUCCGUUUGACUCAGGAUAUUAUCUCAGGAUUUGGUUGCUGUGGAAUUGAAGGAAUGUUCAGAAGAUGUUGCGAGAAGACGUUGCAACUGCUGCGAGACAACCAGGAGACGCUGCUGACCAUCCUGCAGGUGCUGCUGUGCGACCCGCUCUACUCCUGGACGGUUAAGGGCGCUCCGAAGGAGGCUGCACAAUGUUCGUAUCUAGUCAGCUCUACACCUACUGUCUUGCAUCGACACAUCUAUAUUUACAGUUUUGAUGUCUUCUUAGAAACAGGAGCUUCCUUCAGAAAAUCAAAAAAGAUAUAAAAAUAUAUUAAAAACGUGAAACGUCAAAUACUGACAACUCUAUCGAUACUAGCUUUCGCCCGCGACUCCGUCUGCGUGGAAUGUAAAAACAAAAGUGGGUAGCUGAUGUGUUCUUCUAGACUAUCCUCUACAUCUGUGCCAAAUUUCCUCGAGAUCAAUUCAGCGGUUUAAGUUACAACCUCUUACAAACAUCCAUCCAUCCACAUAAUGUUGUAGAUGUAUUUUUUACCAACUUCAGCACGUGAUAGCCCGUAACUGCUCCAUUGGACAGGAUAACUGAUGGCCAUUCGGUUUCAUCACAAACUAGUACUAUCUAAUACUAUAAUAAUAAAGCUUUUGAACUUAAGUUUCGUUAUCCUGGUCCUGGGAUCUCGAUCCAUA